AUGCAUACACAAAAAUUAAAACCAGAUCUUUUUUGGGGCUUAUUGAUUACUGCUCGUACAUAUCCAACAUUAUUUCAAAAUGAAGAAGUUAUUAAUGCCUUGUGCUCUAUUAUAGCAUGCCAUUCUACUGUUUCUACAAAACAACGCCAGUAUAAUAUUAUUUCAGCCGUAACAUCAAUUAAUUUGAUAAUGGCUACACAUGAUAAAGUAACUAAUUGGCCUGAAGCAUUUGUGAAAGUAUUUAUUGAAGAUUCAAUGGGAGAAAGAUUAUGGGUGGAUAAUGAAGAUUGUAAAUUUUUUAUUGAUAACAUCAAAGUAAGUAUUGAUACACGUCUAUCUCCUUAUAUUCCAUUGGACUUUUUGGAUACUAUGAAUGCUGGAGAGUCUACACCAUCACUACCAGAAUUUAAUGAAGUAACUGUAAUGCCAAGAUAUAGUACAAAUCAAACAUCUAUUGAACACUUGUUUAUUGAUGUAGCUAAAGAAUAUUUGGUUCGAAGACAAUCUACUGAAGGAAUAUCAAGGAACUUAUUGAAACUUUUAUCUGUAGCUGCUGGAGUUCUAGAGGUUCGCUCUAUGGUAGCUGGAAAGUUAGAAGUUUGGUUACAAAAUGCCAAAUUAGUAAGACCAGCUCAAGAACUUUUACUUGCUGUCUGUGUGAAUUGUACUUCUCGUACUCAGAGAGAUUUUGACAUUAUAUCCACUAUUGUUAAAAUGAGAUUGAAAAAUAAGUCAAUUGGCAAUUUUUAUGUAUCUUGUAUCAAAGAAUUAAUUACUGCUAGCCCUGCUAAUUUACCUGUAAUAAUAAAAAAUGUUGUUUAUAAUGAAAUGUCUACUUCACGCAAUACGAGUAAUAUGUCAAUUCUUCAAGUUCUAUUUAAAGCAGAACCUGAUCAAAGUGCAUUACUUCUUGCUGAUAUUUUCCAG